UCGUCGGACCUCGACGCCCUCGGCUAUCUGCCGGGGUUGAUCGUCCAGGGAGCGGAAUGGUACUUUGUGGCGUCCACGCGGCAAGACGAUAAGACGAUCCUGUGGACGAGACAGUCAAUCGGGUCCACGCAGUAUCUUCUUGGAACUUAUCGCGUUGUUCGUGCCCUGCAGUGCCUCGCUUGGUGGUCCGCUGAAGUUUAUUGGCCGUGGUUUUGCGACCACGUGCUCGUGAUGCCUUCGGUUGACGACGGUUGAAGAAUGGGUGGGCAUCUGCGCGAGUCGGAGAGCUUGUUCAUGCAUUCUGGCUGCGCUUUUCAAAACCUAGAUCUCUCGGGC